GCAGGCUGUACUUCUGUGCUGAUAUGGACUUCACCAGCUGAGCCAUGUGGAGCUGCCCACUUAGUUUUGGACACCGAAGCUGGGGAGCUCGGAUCUUUGCUUCACCGGGAGCUUUUCUCUCACUUCUGUUUAAUUCGUGCGCUGGGCAGAGGGCGAGUUGCAGCACAGCACAGCACAAGCACCGGUGGACCUGGGCAGUGUGUCUUAACCUCAUCCCGCCUGAAGAAACAGGGGAUUUGCUGCUUUUAGGACUCCCCGGAGCGUGCAAAAAAGGAACCACUGUGGGAAAGAUGAUGGUGACAGGGGCCACUCGGAGUGGGAGCCGGUGUCCGCCUCUUUUUCUCCUGCUUCUUCUCGGCAGCAGCUGCCACAUGUUGCAUGGUCAAGAGGUGGCUCCCUACCCGCGAGGAGGUGGACUGGGGCAGCAGGUGGUGUUGGAGGGAAACAGACUGGUGCUGACCUGCCUGGCUGGAGGCAGCUGGCCUUUGCAGUAUCGCUGGACUCUAAACAACAGCAACAUCACAGAGUGGACACCACAGUACAGGUUUUUUGUGCCAUCUCUGAAAAGGACUGAUGCUGGCUUGUAUCAGUGUAUGGUGAGGAACAGGAUGGGAGCGGUCAUUCAGAGGAGAACGGAGGUGCAGGUGGCCUUUUUGGGGAACUUCUCCGCUGAUGAACAGAGGAAGACCGUGACUCAGGGGCGAGCAGCCAUCAUCAGCCAGCCUCUCCUCGCCUCCUUCCCCCGACCUCUGGUCACAUGGUUCAAAGACGGAAACAAGAUAAUCCCUAACAACAGAAUAACAAUCACCUUGGACAAUCAGCUGGUCGUCCUGGCAGCCACAGCGGCGGAUGCCGGGCGUUACCACGUGGAGGCGGUGAAUGAGAUGACGGGAGAGAAUGUGACGAGUCCCUCCGUCUACCUGAGCAUCUCAGAUCCUGAAUCAGAAGUUGUGGCUCCAGCGAUUGUGAUCGGACCCAAAGACACUACAGUGGUGGCCGGCAACGAAGCGACACUGGAGUGCAUUGUGAAUGCCAGACCAGUGAACAGUGUUGUGAUGUCGUGGAAACGUGAUGGGCGUCGGCUUACCGGUGGGCGUCGGCUCAUUAUCCCUGCCCCUACCUCUUCUGACACGGGGUCGUACGUUUGUGAGGCGUCAUUCAGCAACAGCACUGCCAAACCUGUGGAAGGACGGGCACAACUCACUGUGAUAGAACCUCCUUCUCUAACUGCUCAACCCAAGAGGAAGAUCGUGGCAGACCUGGACAGGAAUGUGGACAUCCCCUGCCAGGCUACAGGCGUGCCGCAGCCCAGGAUAGAGUGGUAUAAAGACACAGUGCCCCUUUCCAAACUGGCCAACCCUCGCUACAAGAUCAGCGCAGCAACCGGUUUGACGGUGCGCCGGGUGCAGCCGGGAGACGGGGGAAUAUUCCAGUGCAUCGCCCGCAACGCUGCUGGAGAGACGCAAGCCCACUCACAACUCCUCGUCUCCAGCAUGGCCCCCACAUUGACAUUCCCCCCGUCUGACCAAACAGUAACUGAUGGGAAAACGGCCCUGUUUACCUGCCAGACUAGCGGCGCCCCAAAACCUGCCAUCACCUGGAGGAGAGGAUCACAGGUUUUAGCUAGCGGCUCCGUGCAGGUUCCCAGGUUCACACUGUUGCAGUCUGGUGGUUUGGAGAUUCAGCCAGUCAGCUUCCAGGAUUCAGGAGAGUACACGUGCAUCGCCUCCAACUCUGAGGGAACCAUCAACACGACCGCUUCCCUCACCGUCUGGAGUCGUACCAUCAUCUCUGUGCCUCCAACAAACCAGCGUGUUAUCAAAGGCACCACUGCUGUCCUGGACUGCAAUGCCACACAUGACACCAAAGUUAAUGCCAGCUACAAGUGGGACCGAAGUGGUGUGUUAGUCCUCCCGUCCAGUGGGGGUCGUGUCUCUGUGCGCCAGGGCCUGCUCACUAUUGGCCAGACAUGGUCAGGGGAUAUCGGGGAUUACACCUGUACAGUGACAUCAAAGGCUGGCAACGACUCUCGCACUGCACGCCUGGAAGUCAUUGAGCUGCCACACUCUCCUCGCUCCCUGACCGCCAGCCUCAAUGACUCUGACUCCCGCUCUGUCCUCCUGUCCUGGCUACGCCCCUUUGAUGGGAACUCCCCACUUCUGUACUAUUUGCUGGAGCUCUCUGAAAACAACUCACCGUGGAAGGUCUACCUAUCAGAGGUCGAUCCUGUGGUGACCGAGAUGUCGGUGGGCGGGCUCACACCUGCCCGGACCUAUCAGUUCAGACUCUGUGCUGUCAAUCAAGUGGGCAGGGGUCAGUACAGCGGUGAGACGCAGAGAUUGAUGCUGAGGGAGGAGGCCCCCAGUGCUCCACCAAAGAAUAUCGUAGCAAGUGGGCGGACAAACCAGUCCAUCAUGGUCCAGUGGCAGCCACCGCCAGAGCCACAACUCAACGGGGUCCUUCGAGGAUAUGUACUCAGGUACCGUCUGGCAGGGCUGCCGGGGGACUACCAGGAGAAGAACAUCAGCAGCCCGGAGACCAACUACUGUCUGCUGAAAGAUCUGAUCAUCUGGACACAAUACCAGAUCCAGGUGGCUGCGUACACCGGGGCGGGCCUGGGCGUCUAUAGCAGCCCUGUCAACGAGUACACUCUGCAGGGAGUCCCCACAGCCCCUCCGCAGGACGUGGAAGUUGUAGCUAUCAACUCGACAACCAUUCGCUUCACCUGGAACCCUCCACCGCAGCAGUUUAUUAAUGGCAUCAACCAGGGAUACAAGCUGAUGGUGUGGCCAGAGCAGUCUCCAGAGGAGGUUACUGUGGUUACAAUCACGCCUGAGUAUCCUGGGUCACGCCACACUGGGUUAGUCAGUGGACUCAAGAAAUUCACCUGGUACUUUGGCUCCACCCUCUGCUUCACCACACCUGGAGACGGGCCACGUAGCGCACCCAGCCUGCUGCAGACACACCAGGAUGCCCCUGGACCUGUUCGCCAGCUGAGCUUCACUGAAAUCUUGGAUACAUCUCUCCGAGUCAGCUGGGCAGAGCCUGAAGACAAAAACGGCAUCAUUACAGGCUAUGAUCUGUGGUGGGAAGUGUCUAACGUCGAGUCGAGUCGCGAGGAACGUUCCCUGCCCAACUCCACCCUGCAGUACCAGCUGACCGGCCUCACCUCCACCACCGUGUACACACUACAGGUGGCAGCGCUCACUGCUGCAGGACGGGGUGUAGUCACAUCCUCUACCAUCUCUACUGGAGUCCCACCAGAACUUCCUGGUGCACCAUCUAACCUGGUCAUCUCCAACAUCAGCCCUCGGACGGCAACAAUUCGGUUCCGCCCUGGAUCUGAUGGCAAGACCCCCAUAUCCCAGUGGAUUGUGGAAGGCCAGGUAGUGAAAGAGGACAGAAAGACAGACAUGUGGAGAGUUGUCUACCAGAAAGACAACCAGCCAGAUGCAGACAUGCUGGAGAUCCCCGACCUCACUCCUUUCACCCAGUACAGGUUCAGGAUGCGGCAGGUGAACAUAGUGGGCUCCAGUCCUAUGAGCGCCCCCUCCCGGCUGAUUCAAACCCUGCAGGAUGCCCCCGAUACAAACCCUUCUAACCUGACCCUUCUGUCUUCAGCGCAGACCAGCCUGUUCUUUGUCUGGAAGCCUCUCCCAGUGUCAGAGUACAACAGCAAUCCAGAGACUGUGGGAUACCGUCUGCGUGUGAGGAUGACAGACAGCAAAGGGGAGGACAGGACUGAGGAUGUGGAGGGAGAGGGGGAAACCAGUGAGGCCACAAUAGGAGGCCUGAAUCCCUGGACCCAGUACCAGGUCCAGAUACAGGCGUACAACUCCAUAGGAUCUGGACCAUGGAGUGAAGCUGUCGCUGCACAAACUACAGAAUCUGUUCCAUCUGGACCUCCGCUCAAUGUGACGGCUGAGGCUAUGAGCUCCACCAGGAUCCUCCUCACAUGGACCGCUCUCCAACGAGCAGAGAAGAACGGGGUUAUACUUGGAUAUAAGGUGUUGUACAGCGAGAAAGAUUCAGAAGGUCCUCCCAGCGUUCAGGUGACAGAAGGAGAGUUGAGCAUGUCACUGCUCCUCGGGGCACUCCAGAAAUACACAAUGUACUCGCUGCAGGUGCUGGCAUACACACGGCUGGGUGACGGGCCACCCAGCAACCCCAUACUGCUAAGAACCAAAGAGGAUGCCCCAGGUCCUGCUGUCAGGAUGAUGUUUCCAGAAGUUCGACUGUCAUCAGUUAGGGUGGUUUGGCAGCCACCCACCAACCCAAAUGGCAUCAUACUAGGCUACCAGAUCUCAUACCGCCUGGAUAUCAGGGACCCUCAGCGUUGGACCACAGUGGAAGUGGGCUCCAACGCCCGACAGUUUACCGUCACAGGACUCUCCCCUGAACAGACCUAUGUGUUCCGGCUCACUGCUCGUACUGCUGUGGGCUGGGGGGAAGAGCAGGAAGCCAUGGUUGUUACCACUGAACGAAGAGAGCGCCCGCAGCCUCCCAGGAAGUUGUCUGCUCCUCAGGAUGGGAUUGAAUCUCGCCAUCUCCGCCUCCACUGGGUGACAGGGAGCUCAGGCUCCUCCCCCCUGAGGUACUUCACUCUGCAGACCAAAGAGCUGCCCAGAGGGGACUGGAUCACACACACCGCUGACAUCCCGCACAAUAUGACCAGCUGGACCGUGGACAGGCUGAAGCCCUUUACAUCGUAUAAGUUUCGGAUGCUGGCCACCAAUGAUAUAGGAGACAGUGUCCUCAGCAAAGAGACAGAGGCUGUUACGACUCUGCAGGAUGUGCCUGAUCAGCCUCCAGUGAUCCUCGCAGUGAAACCAACAACCACUACCUCUGUCCUGGUGCAGUGGAAGCGGCCAAGCAACGACAGUCUAAACGGUGUGUUGACUGGAUACCGGCUUUAUUAUAGAGAGCUGCCAGCAAACACCUCCACUCCAAAUGAAGUAGAAGCCCAGGCAACCAAAAACAACACCACAAGUGCCCUCAUUACAACUAAGAGCACCUUCAAGACGGUCAGCAGUGCCUCUCUUACCGAGUUUGAGUUGACACAGCUACAGAAGUUCAAACGCUACCAGAUUGUUAUGACGAGCUACAACAUCAUCGGAGAGAGCCCUCCCUCUGCUCCCGUCGACGUGUCUGUUGGAGAGGCAGCUCCAUCGGUGGCCCCUCAGUCCAUCAGAGUGUCUGCCGUGUCUCCCUCCAUCCUGGAAGUGACCUGGGACACACCCCCCCUCGAGACUCAGAAUGGACUCAUCCAAGGAUACAAGAUCCACUACUGGGAGAGAGACAAGCAGACCCAGAGUGAGAAGGUUAAAGUGAUUUUUGUCCCAGACACCCGGGUGCACCUCACCAACUUGACCAGCUACACACCUUACCUUGUCACCCUGACGGCCUUCAACACAGCCGGAGACGGUCCACCCAGUGACCCCCGUGGGGCCCGCACUAUGCCGUCUGCUCCCAGCCAGCCAGCUUCCUGUCCCUUCUCAGAGGUAACAGGUGUGACUGUCAAUGUGUCCUGGGGAGCUCCUCUCACUCCGAACGGACAGCUGGAGGGCUACAGAGUCAACUACAGCCCACUGCCCCUCGGAGUGAGUAAAGUGGUAACAGUGGAUGUAAGGGGCAGUUGGCAGCGCUGGCUGAAAGUUCGAGACCUGAUGAAAGGAGUGACGUACACGUUCAGUGUUCAGGCUCUCACCAUCGGCUAUGGACCGCCCAUACAUUGCACCCUCACCGCUCAGCCUGUGCAAGGCUCCCCUGGCUCACUUGAAAUGUCAUCACCCAAGACGUCUUCUGAGCUCACCAUCCACUGGACGGAGGGAGACACCGGUUCAGCACCCGUCACCGGAUAUGUUAUUGAGGCUCGGCCUGCAGAUGAAGGAGUGUGGGAUUCCUUCAUCCAGACUCCUUCCCUCCCGGCAGCAGGUCUGUUUCAGUGCCAGCUGGAGCGCCUGAGGCCGGGGAUCAGCUACGAGUUCAGAGUCAUCGCUGUUAAUCGCUAUGGUUACGGGCAUCCCAGUACACCCUCUGCUGCUCUUGCUGCGCUCUCUGAGCGUCCCUUCUACGAGGAGUGGUGGUUCCUGCUGGUCAUGGCUCUGGUGGGGCUCAUUCUCAUUCUGGUCCUGGUCUUCACACUGUUGCUGCACGGACACAACACCAAGUACAAGACCUGCGGUACAGUGAAGCACAUGUCUACAGCAGAGGAGUCAGUCACACUGGACAAUGGAGGUUUCACUGCUCUGGAGCUCAACAGCAGAACGCUCAACACUAAGAGCUCCUUCCUGAAGAAGAAUGGGACCAGGUCUCCUCCCAGGCCAACAGGUGUUCUUCACUACUCAGACGAGGACAUUGUAAACUAUAACGGAGCCGUGCUCACUGAGAGCACCACCCUCACUGAGAAACCCACUGAGGUCUCUGAGUCAGAGUUAACAGACAGCGACUACGAGGACGAGCAGCCCAAGCACUCUUUUGUUAACCACUACAUGAGUGACCCCACCUACUACAACUCCUGGAAGCGGCAGCCCAAAGGCCUUAAAGCAGCCAGCUCUCCUUUUCCCUACGAGGAGUGUGCCACGGGAACAGAGCCCUACUACCAGACCGUGGUCACCCAGCACAGCACGGGUGGGGCGUACACACCUACAGGGCAGCCCGCGCACACACACGUCAACCCUCACACCAACCCACCGGGGUCGCGCACACCUGUGACAGGAUUCUCCUCCUUUGUUUGACCCCAGAGACAAAAUCUGCACAAAUUAUUACACACAAUAUACUAAAUGAAGGACUUGGGCUGGUGUGUGUUUGGACUAAAGGAGACUAAGCUUGGAAAGGGGAGGACAAGGGGAGGAGACGUGGGACAGACUCAAUGCCCCAAAGACUGAACCUCCACUUCUCACUCGCCUUCUCCCCUUGUGCACCAAGAUCCUCACUGUGUUGACAGGAGUGUGUGUCGCUCUCCUGCUCUUUUACGCCUCUGUGUCACUGUGUUCACACACACACACACAUUUACUGUUACACACACCGAUAUUCUCGCCUGUUCCAGAGACUCCAUUGAGAGCUGAGAGUGAAGACUACUUGAUUCUACUUGAUUGCGUCGCUGUCGAAGGGGAGAAGCCGACCUCGAGCUGUAGGAACCUGGAAUUUCUGCACAACGCUUUGUUUUUUCUGUAUUUUCACUUAAAGUGCACAAACACAUGUACGCACUCAUUCUUACAGGAAGACGAACUUUAAGGUAGUGGAGGGUUAUUUAAAGACGACACAGAGAAGAGCAGCUUUCGUUCUUGUGCACACUGAGCUGUCAGCUUUAUAAUGCCACCACGGAGGACAAUGAGAAGUUACAAUCGAUAAUCAGCGCUGUUGAACUUGAUGAAGGAUGGAGAGCGAGUGUGGGAGGAGGGCGCUCACAGCUUAAGGCACUCAAAGUGAAAGCAAUGUGUGAUGAUUGAGUUUGGAAUAUAUGAAAAAGAAGUUUUUUAUUGUCUAAUGCCUGUUGUCAGAGCUCCUUCAUCCACAGCCUCCCAAGCCAUAGAAUUGCACUGAGCCCGACCCUACACAUUUCCACUUAAUCCUGUCCAGAUUUAAUUUUCUACGAGUUUGAGAGUGAUUUUGAGUGUGACACGUAUGCGUCGAAGCCUGCUCAUCUGUCUAUAUUGUUCACCGCUAAGAGAAGCGUGCCAUCGUAAGUAUGUUUGUAUUUUUAAGAUGGAUUUUGUACAAGGAAACUCUUUUUACGUGUGUGCUGUUGUUUGUAGUUUGGCCAUGUUUUUGUAAUUCAAAGGUAAGUAGGAAACCAGCACUGGAGCAAGCCCUCAGAGACUGACUGGCAAGAGGGGGAAAGGUGGAGACUGUUGAAGAAGAAGAAGAAGAAGAAGAAGAAGAAGAAGAAGAAGAAGAAGAAGAAGAUCAUCAGCAGAAUGAGUGUAGAACAAGAUUACAGGAUCUUUUACAGAAUCAUUCUUGUUGAAAUCAAGUGUGAUUAAACUUUGAAUCAUAAGUCCCCUCCGUCUGCAGCCGGGCUGACACACAUGGACUUUGUACCUCUCUUCAAGUGCACACUAAAAUCAUUUGUAAGUCUUUUUCUCUCAUGUAUAAUUUAAAGAUUCUCCUGCCUCACUCUGUCACGCUUGAUUUGAGUUCCAUACAGUGUGUGAAUAAAUGGUCAUUGUUUAA